CAGGUUGCUGUUAUGGCGAAUUUUCAAAUCAGGAUUCUUCUUCUGGAUCUCUGUUUCAUCAUUAUUCUCCUAACUUAUGCAGAUUGUUCAAGAUCCAUUCAAGUGCAAAAGAUAAAGCAGCACAUCAACAAAACUGUCUUUGUGGGGGAAACAGUUACACUUCAGUGCAACAGAACUCUGGGUGAUGCAGAAAUUUCAUGGAAAAUGAACAACUCCCUUAUAUUUAUACAUAGCCCAUACUUAAACAGAAGUAUGAGAAACUUCACCUCAGACAGGAUGUAUAUUGAUCCAGCAGUUUCAAGGGAAUUGAAAAUCUAUAAUAUAGAAAUGUCUGACGCAGGCAACUAUUCCUGUUAUCCAGCAGCAAUAAGAUGGAUAUUAACAAUAACAGAUCAGACAGACCAGACCAGACAAGAUUCAAACAAGCAAAUCCCCCUCUACAUCAUCAGCUCAUGUAUUGGAUUUAUUAUAGUGUAUCUGAUAAUCAGGCUCAGCAUCUGCACUCACAGGAAACAGAGGCAGAAGGUGAACUCUGAUUUCAGUGAAGCAGACAAGAAGGCUGUGGAGAUCUCAAUGAACUCUUACUUUGAUAGACAAACAGUAACAGAAUGUGUCUACAGCCUUCAUAAGCUCAAUGAAGAACAUGACUUUUGCUGCACAAGAUACUCUGUCUCAGAAUGAUUGAUUUCUCUGUAUGUGUAUUAGUCCUAUAAAUGCUAAUUGCUUAUUUGAUUUCAAAUUCACUAAAUAAAUGGAUUAGACACAUUGACAUGGACUUGCCUAACCCUGUGACUCUUACAUUUUAGGAAUAUCAGGGUUUUAAAAUAUACCUAAGUAGAUCUUUAAUCAUUCAUCAUUUUCACAAGUCAGGAAGUUAGCAGGUGAAAAGGUUUGAUAAAGGUAAAAGAGUGAAUGAAGCUUUGAUUAAAUGAAAAUUACCUAUUUAACAAAUGUGAAUUCUCAGAAACAAAUCUGGACUGUUACAUUUUGCGUGUUGCUGAAGUGACCAAGUUUCAGUCAUCCAGAACAAAUUUCACAAGCCCUUAAGUUCUGACUGCAGGAGGAAAUUACACAAGGGGGCACAAUUCCUGCAAAGUUGCAAAACAGAUGAAGCACAUUUACAAUAUUGGAGCUUAGCCAAGAGGAAAAGUUAAGAGGAGUGUUUUAGAAGUUUGUAUUAUCAUUACACAUAAUUGAAUGGUUAUUUUAGAAUAUAUAUAUUGUUUGAAACUGGUUAAAGAUUGUAUUAUUUUACUGUAAACUUGCUGGAUCUAUUAUU